AUGGAUUUGGAUCAUAUGAAAACCGUAGAGAUCCUUGCCGCGAAGGCUGCAACUUGGGGUUUGCCAGAAGCCACGAACGAGGCUGAAGCUCAUUCUGAUGAUGAAGAAGACUUUGAUUUGAUAUCAACAAGUCUUGAAAAUAUAAAGAAACGAGAAAAGGAGCUAGCCGAGUUGCUGUUCCCGCCAGAAAUCACUGCGAUUCGGGCGAAUAUGAAAAGAUAUCGAGUGCUGCAAAAGCAAAUCGAUAUUUCAAGAGAAACCAUGAAAGAACUCCGUGAUUCUUAUGAAUCUGUGUCGAGCAGAACUUGUUCUCUUCAUGACGCCUGUGAUCGUGCUCUCGCUGAACAGACAUCGCUUUCUACGGGAUCACAGCUUAUCAAAACUAAUCUUUAUUAUUUCAAGCAAGCUGAUGCGAUUAUGAAGAAGCUUUCCGUCGCCAAAUUGAUGGUUACUGGUCAUUCCUUCGCUGCGAUACUUGUCUCAAUCGAUGAAUGUCUCACCUAUCUGCGUGCUCAUCCAGAAUACAAAGAAUCUGAAGCGUAUAUCGCAAAAUUCGAGCAAUGCCUCAGUAGAGCUAUGACAUGGGUUCGUGUAGCAGUGCUCGCAGAUCUCGACGCCUGCUUCAAUGACGUCAAAGAUCGGCAAGCACAAUUGGAGGCAGACUACGAGAAAAUCGGGCGAGGCGGGCAGGACGAGGACACUUUCGCACUACUCUACGGUGUAUUUGCGUCGAAGGCGGCAGUGGUCAAAGCAUCUAUCAAUGUGGUGGAACAACGAUUCGCAGCGCUACCGGAAUUCGAGGAAAUGCUCGCGGAGUGUCAGUAUGCAUAUUUUGCAAAGAGACAUCAGUUGCUCGGCCCGAUUCUCGAGUCAACACUCUCAAGCUUAUCCUCAACGCACGCGGAAUCUACCUGCCGAUUAACCCGUGAUGCAUGCACCUUUAUGCUGAGAACUUGCGAUGACGAGUACCGUCUCUACCGUCAAUUCUUUGUUACCCAUAACAAUAAUGAUGAUAGAAAAAUGUCGACUGACGGAAGAAUCAGUCCCGCCAUGUCGACCAUCACAUCUGUCUUCACUUCUCAACAGACUCAGCAACAAGUUCAUCCAUUCGAGACUUUUGCUGAACAAAUGUGUCGUACACUCUACGACAUGCUCCGCCCUCGAAUCGUUCAUAAUCCACAUUUGGAGACUUUAGCCGAGUUGUGUACAAUGAUUAAAGUGGAGAUGAUUGAAAAUCGAUGCUCGUUGCAAAUGGUUGCAUCGAUACUUGGAGAUGAUGCGAAUCAGGAUCCAAACGUUUCGGGAUUGAAUCCAAGAGCUGGAUUUGUGGCGGUGAUGAGUGAACUCGUCGGGGAUAUUGCGGAGAGAAUUGUUCAUCGCGCUGGUUUAUACGCUCAAAACGAUAUAGGGGCUUAUCGCCCAGCUUCUGGAGACAUUGCCUACCCGCAAAUGCUCCAAAUGAUUCGAAAAAUCGAGAGCGAACAAAAAGAGCAAAAAGAAAAGGAAGAAGGCGUCGAAUCGACGACCACAACAACAAUCGAUCAACAUUGUCUCUGGUAUCCAACUGUUCGGAGAACCGUCAUGUGUCUGUCAAAGAUUUUCCCCUGUUUGGAUGUGAGUUUCAGUGCAAAACCUCUUUUUGGACACGGAAACGGAUAA